AUGGCCAAGUCGUGGCCCUUUCCAAUUGCGAUACUGCUACCUACUACCCAAGCAACGGAGAAAUUCGUCCUCACCGAGCAUGAUGGCGGAGACUUCCAAAUCAGUGACAGCAUCAUUGACGAUAAGGCUGGCGGAUCUCCUAUGGUCAACCGGGAUGUCGAGGGCCCUAACCCUGACCUGGUCAGUGGCGGCUUUGGACAAAAGUCUCCUCAGCUUCAGUGCGACUCGUCUGUCGGUCAUUGCGUCGUUGGGGGUGUUCGAAUAGGGUCAGGCAGCUUCGGCGGCGGAAGAAACGGCGGUUAA